AUGGCUCAAAUCAAGGGUCUGAGUGCUCAAGAUCUCCCUCCUGGGCCUAUCAGGGACUGCUACAAGGAAUACUCUGCAAUUGAUGAGGUUGACAACCAUCCUGGCAUUAUCGAUCUACGGCAACUCGACCCCGACCAGCUGCCACACGGAGUAACAAUCGCGCAGCACCUGUCCAGCCAAGAACUACGAUUGGCCUUUGAUGAUUUUAUUCGAGGAGGUCAUGCACCGGCAGAAGAGGAUGCUCCAAUGACGGAGAACAUCCCAGUCUACAGCCAUAAUUUGAUCUCCGGUCUACUUAUGAUCCCUGCUCUGUUUCCAACCACGGUCCAGACUGAACUUCUGUCCCGCCUAUUCCAUCGAGACUUGUCCAAUCCCGAGUAUCAGACCAACGUACAUCUACAUUACGAUGUGACCUACCCUGAAGAUGAAGAAAACCACUCCCCAAAGUCGUUCUUUGGAGAUGAUCCCACUCGCACAUUUCAGCCAAAGGAUCCUCGACUGCACGAGCCACUGGAUGUCCAGAGCUUCUUGGAGAAAAGACUACGGGAAAGCCCGCCGGUAAUUCCACAGGAUAUUGCGAAACUACUGAGCGCAGCCUUUCCAGAAACAUCACCCCACGCAGCCAUCGUGGACAUCCACUCGACCAGAGACACCCAAAGCAUUCACCGAGAAGUAACCAAGGAUGGCGAGUCGGGUCUGAUCAGUGUGAGCUUUGGCUGCGAUGGGCUGUUCUUAGCUAGUCAUGAUGACGGUAAUGGCUGCAAGAUCUUGCGGCUUCGAUCAGGAGAUACGGUUUACAUGAAUGGCGCGUCGCGCUUCGCUUGGCACGGAGUACCGAAGAUCCUGCCCUCAACUUGCCCUGCGUGGCUAUCCAACUGGCCAUCGCUUGGAGAGAACCUUCCGGGGAUGCCCCCUGGUCCUUACCAGAUGUGGGAGGGCUGGAUGUCCGGCAAGCGAAUUACCCUAAACGUCCAGCAGACGCCAACUACCCAUGCUUCCAAAGACAGCGCAGAGUAUAUCUAA